CCUACAACUAAGGUUUCCUCUCCUGUUUUCUGAUAAGCCCUCCAGUCACAUCUUCUAUGAAAUAGAAAGACUCCAACUUAUAGACCAUUUCAAACAUGAGGAAAGACUCUCCGUGACUGGGAAUCUCUGACAACCUUCUUCCUCAGUCCAGUAUGGGGGAGAAAUACUAGGCAGAGAAUCUUCUAGAGCCUCUGAUUUGAUUCAAAAACUCAUAGUCUACCAAACGUAUCCCUGGGAAGGAAGAGGCAUAAAAAGCUGCCCCAGGUCCCAGCAGCAUGCAGCCUGGCCUAUGGCAAUACAUCUCAGGGGCUGUAGCCCUAGUCUUCCUGAGCUUCUUCAUCCAAGAGAAUAGUGAGAAGCACCCUGAUGAUAACUUAUCUCUGCAGGAGGAAAAGAAGAAAAUUGUGUGGCAGCUAGACCAGGAGAGAAUCAGCUUGGACAUCAAGAAUCAUCUGGAAACCUUCAGGGACAUGCAGACAAAGCCCCCCUUGUUCCAACAAGUCAACUAUACAUUCCUGUCUGGUUCUUCUCCUCCAAAAAAGAAAUUGUUGACGGUGGGAAUCUCCUCAGUGCAGCAUCCUUCUGGGAACUACCUCCUAGAGACCCUCACGUCCCUGUUUAAUGCUUCCUCAGAAGCUGAGCUGAGUUGUAUUGUGGUGCUAGUUCACCUGUCAGAUCCUGACCCUCAGAGGCUCACUCGAGUGGUUGCCAACAUCUCAUCCCUCUUCAAAGAACAGAUUGAGGCUCAGAGGCUGCUUGUGAUUCAAGCACACUGUCUCCAAGGAGGUCAGAACAACAAUCUCUCUUCACCCUGUGAAGCACUUUACUCCAGGCAGAAUGUCAACUAUGGCCUACUCAUGAACCUUGCUAUGAACCUCUCUGAAUACUUCCUGCUGCUACAAGAUAAUGUGCACUGCGCUCCUGAGUUCGUGUCAACCAUGUACUGGACAUUAUUAGCCUGGAAAGAACUACCUUGGGUAAUGCUGGAGUUUUCCAGUCUGAGCUUCUCUGGGAAGGUUUUCCACACCAGUGACCUCCACCGGCUAGCCUCUUUCUUCCUCCUCUUCCAUAAGGACUCUCCUGGUCAUAUACUUCUCUCUCAAUUCCAUCUUCUCAUGGCCCAGAAUGUCCCGAUUCGUUUCAGUCCCUCUGUAUUUUACCACAUUGGCUCUUACCCUGUGCUGGAGGGCACUUGUUUUCCUGUGGAGGAGGAACCAGUGUUUGGUGAGCCAGAUAAUCCCGUUGCUGAUGUCCUCACAGACAUGAUGACAACAGGGCAUAGCUACGCAGAAUAUGCAUAUUUUCUGAACGAUGAAGGCUUCUCUACCCUCGAUGCUCUAAGAGGCAACUACUUGACGGUAAUUUUUGAAAAACCACACAAAGUCAUCCGGAUAGAGGUGCUGACUGGCACUGACGACGGGGAGUACCGGAUGCAGCAUGGACAAGUAGAAGUGGGUUACGACCCCUUUGAGAAUUCCAUGGGUUGUACUCGUUAUAACUUUCUAGGGCCCCUGAUGGAAGGACAUCUGGACCAGAGGGUGUUUUAUGAAGAAGACGCAGUGCAGGAGUUGAGCUGUAUACGUCUGGUGGUGCUUGAGUCUCAAGAGUCUUGGCUCCUGAUCAAACAGAUCAAAGUCUGGACUCAGAAUGAAGAAGAAAAGGCAUAGAGGACUCCUAGGUGGCUGGUGGGGGGAAAACACAUGGUUGAGAAGAAAUAAAUAGAGAAAUUAAUCAAGACCUGCUCAUUCAGAGUAGGGUGACUAUAAUUUAUUGCUCAAACUGGGACAUUUUUGAGAAUUAAAGUAAUCACUAUAAAAAAUCAUGUAAUAAACGAACAU